AUGCCUUCUGAAACUAUCAGGACAUCCAUUUCGGAGGCCUACGGGGAGUACAAAUCUGCUACCCACUACUUCCUGACAUGGUUACGAUGCCAGUAUCGCCUCGUUGCGCCUACCCACGAGCGCAAGAUGGACGACUUUCAAUCAACCAAAGAUAUUUUGAACGCCGUACGAGUCGUUUCAGACGCAGAGUCUGCUGUCCCAGCCUCCGUCAUUUCGUCCCUCCGCAACGCCAUUGCUAAACGACGCGAGGUUCUCGCCAUCUACAAGAGACUGUGCGCGGACGACCUAGAACAUGAGGUCUUCCUCCGCAAACUCGAAAAGGCUCUUCGGGUCCUGAAGCCCUUCGUUGUCACCUCAAAUCCAACGAUCGCUGAGCGAGAAGCCAUCAAGAACUUCAUCGCGCCCAACAAGUUCUUCGCCCUGAAUGUUGUCGAUGAGGACAUCGGAGAUGAUCAGGACACGGCGCCUAGCAGCCAAGAUCCGCCGCAGCAAUCUGAUGCGCAAGUGAUCCCGCCAUCAGCACCCACAGACGAAAAGAAGAAGCCAACCGAGUUCUCGCUCGAGGACGACAAGCUUGGUGCCAAGAUUGAAGUCAUGCUGGUUUUCGUGUUCUUCAAAAACCUCAGCUCUCUGGUUCAGAGUUACUACACAGAUGCUGCCAACGGGAUGAUUCCUCUGCCACUGGCAGCCUGGCUCACCAACUCAGCCUACUACCACGUGCAGCCCAUUCUCACCGCCAACCGCCUGGCCUGCAGCUCCCAAUGGGCAAAAUGCUGGGGACUGGCCUGUGAGUUCUUCACCAAGUCUCCUGAUGCUCUGGGGAGAAACGAGCGUGUACCGGAGUGUUUCCGAUUCCUCAGUAUCGCACAGGCCGUGUGGAAGUACCGAGAGUCCAAGAAGAGCCCGAAUCAUCUCAAGGGUGUCUCCACCAUAGAUCCCCUUGCACACCUUCCGAGUACCGGAAGUUUGAUGAGACAGAGCGGGGUCGACCGAGACUCAAUCGCGGUUGACCGCAAUCUCGUUCAUGUCAUCAUGUCGAACAUGGAGAGAGUAUUCAACUACGACGGCGCAGAGUCUCUAAAACGUGAGCUCUCAAGCGAGCCCCCCUGGGAUGAAAACUCCAUUCCGGAUGACCAAAAGCUAGGCUACACGAUUUACAAAAGUAUUGCGAGGAGCUACAAGUACGAGCUCAUGCAUCCAAAAAACAUUAAGCCAUCAAAGAGGAUGAUGCAGUUCUUGGAGUACGGCAUGAAGUUUUACGGACAUAAGCCCAGACGCUACCCUUGCGAGCCGAUCUUCUACAUCGCUUCAAUUUACAACGGGGACUCGAUCAACGAGCAAGGUGCUCACAUGCGACCGCCGACAGAGCUCGUAUUCGGCAUUGACAUGCUUCUGGAGACGUACGAUGCGUUUCUUCACCCCGGGGGCGAGCUGAAGCCCCAAGACGCCCGCUUGACAUCUCUCCGGUUGGCGAUGGAGAUGAAGGCCGCCGCAGAUUCGCUCAAGGACACCUUGGCGAGCACUUUCGCCGGCUUGAACAACUACGUGCAAAAGCUCCAGGUGCUCUUCCAUUUCAGCUUAUCGCUUGACAACUACGUCAAGGAGAAGCUCUGGGACGUGUACCACCGCGCCCCGUGGACCGCCGGAUGCCAUAUGGUCCAGCUGCUCCACCACGCCCACAUCUUCGGCAACAUCCUCUGUUUCGACCUCGAGAUGGUCCCGGCCGCGCUGCACCUCUACAACGCCAUGGUCCGCUCGGAGGUCGGUGCCCCACGGGUGCCCAUCAUGGAGGAGCUCUGCGACCUGUUUGAGGACAACGUCUUCGGCGGCAAGCGGCCGAACCGCAACUUUGUCUCGCACUACCGCCGCGUCGUCUACGGCAGCAAGAUCUCGAAAGAGCGCCCCGGCGAAGGAGGUCGCGAUUUCGGAUCGCGCCUCGAGGGAAGCAGCAAGGAGAGCAAGGUCAGGCUGAAGCACGUCGAGUCCGUCUUCUUCCAACAGCAUCACGACGACCACCCGCUGAGCCUGCAGUUCGUCGCUCACAUCAACGGUGUCUCCGACAAGCAGCUGAAGCAUCCCAAGACGAGAGAGAGCUUCAUGGAGACGAGCUCACGCCAAAGCCCGGUCGAGAUGCUGGAGAAGAUGAAGACGGCGGUGCUCGCGGAGUUCGAGGGCCCGCGGCCGGUGGCACGCAUUAACUACUUCGCUAUUCUUGGCGUCUGCUGCAAGAUCCUGGAGGACAUGAGCGAGGCGCAUGGUCUGUGGCGCGAUACUCGCGGUGCUGGGGACGCUUCUUUCAAGAGUGGUUUAGCCAGAGAGCUGACGCUGGUCGAGGAUGCGUUGAGGUAUUGUGUCGAGUCGUCGAUGGAGAAGUCGAGCGAGCGUAUGAUGUCUCGGAGGCCUGUCCAGGCGGCCCGAAUCGCGUUGGAGAACGUAGAUAAGAAGGCGAAGUUGUCGCAGUUCUUAUGGAAUGUGUAG